AUGUUUAGAUCAUCUUUAUCUUAAAAAAAACUAAAAUAGAAUGACAUUAGGAAAAAUCAUCAUUAUUAUUUUAAUGUCCCUUAUUAAAUUAGUGUUUUAUCUCCUAAUCAAUAGAAAUUUAAUUAAUAAAAUGAGUCUGCUAAUUCAUAAUCAACUUACAAAAAUAAUAGUUAUACAUAAUAAAAUGAAGAUCUUUACUUCCGAAAACAAUCAAAAUUAUUUAGAGAACUUAGAAGUACAUCAAACUAGAGUAAUAACAAUUAAUAAAAUGAUAUAAAUGUAGCAUUUAUAUUUAGAAUAAAGUCUAAAAAUCAUUUAUAAGAUGAACCUUUAAUUCUUGAUAAUUUGGGUCAAAGAGACAAAGAGAAAAAAACUAAAGAUUUGGUUAAAGUUUUACAUGAAAUGAAAAAAAAAAGAUAGGAAUAUACAUAGAAAGAAUAAUUUAUUCCAAGAUCUCCCAUUCCAUUAUUAAAAAGAUAAAAUUGUAUUUGUUUAGAUGAACCUUAAGUUGAAAAGUUUACUAAUCGAAUAAAAAAACUUCCUAUGUUAAAUAAAAAGGAAAUUGUUAUAAAUACAACAUUUAAAGAAUAGAAGGAUACAUAAUCUAAUUUAUAAAAGUUAUCAAAUUAUGGAAAUUUAGAAGAAUUAUUCUAAUCUAAACUAAAUUCUCUUUAUUAAUUGAUAUUUAAACUUUAAUGUAAUUAUUUACUUUAUGUAAAAUAAUCUUAAGUUAGAUAAUAAAUAUACUUUAUUGAAGAAACAAAUUAAGAUGAAUAAAUAAUAAAAAAUUUAAUGAAAAAAAGAUGGUGGUGGUGUGAAUCCCCUGAAAAAUCAGAAGAUAUACAAUUCUAUUGGUCCAAAAAAAUAAAUUCUUAAUUUUUAUAAAAAUAACAAACACAUGUAUUAUUUGAUAAAUCAAAAAGCAGAAUAGUGAAUUUACAAAAUAUUAAUCAUAACGAAGACUUAUAUAAUUUAGCUCAAGAAUAAAAAUUGACAUUAAUAAAAUAAAAUAGUAAAGUUCAUAACCAUAUAGAUAUUAAUUUAAUAAUAAAUAAUAAAAAGAAUUUAAUUAAGUUUAUAAAUAAAUAUUAAACAUUAGCAAACGAAGAUUUAAAUUAAUUUUUUCCAUAUUCAAUAAAUGUUGCCAACCUCUAAGAUCCGAAAUUUAAUAUUUAUUAAAUAAAAUACAAACUAACAAAUUCUUUAUGGUUAGUUAAGCCUGGAGAAAAAAUAAAUGAUAAUUCUUCAAUAAAGCUUUGUUAAAAUACAAAAUAAGUAUCUGAUUUUAUAACAUCUGAGUUAAAAAAUUAAAAUAGAACUUUUGAAACUUUUGUAAUAUAAUAAUAUAUAAAACCUUUCUUAUAUUACAAAAGAAAGUUUGAUAUUUGUGCAUAUAUCCUUAUAACUUCUUUUAAUGGAAUAGUUAGAGUAUAUUUUUAUGAUGAAGUAUUCGGAAGGACGAGUAGCAAAGAAUAUUAAGAUAAUGAUUUAGAUCCUUUAACUCAUUUUACAAACACUUAUAUUUAAAAAGAAUCUAAAUCCUUUUCUUUAUAUGAACCAGGAAAUAAAUUAUCUUUUGAUAAAUUAUAGGAAUUUUUUAAUUAAUUUAAAGUAAAUUUAAAAGAAACAAUCAUCCCUAAAUUAAAAAUAAUAGCUUCAAACAUAAUCAAGUCCUUGUUUACUAAAAUCAUUCUAAGAGACUACAAUUUCGAAGUAUAAAAAAUAUCAAUUAAGAUUGUAGGUUUAAAUUUCAUUUUAGAUACAGCCUUUAAACCAUGGUUUAUUGAUGCCAAAUUAAAUCCAUCUCUUAUUCCAGAUUGUCCAUAUCAUUAAUAAUUUAUAACACAAUUAAUUGAUAGUGUAUUACUAAAUACUCUAGAUAUUAUAUAUCCUCCUCCAUUAAAUUGGCCUAUAAUUAAAUAAUAAUAAAUCGAAAAUUUUAUGA